AUGAGUAAAGCCCAAAAUGAGCUGCUCAGAGACAAUGUGACAAUGAGUAAAAGGAGGGUUUCGAUAAAAGAGCUGGAUCCAGUGGAUCACCAGGGUUGGCUAUACAGGAAGAAGAAGGGGAAGGGCUUCCUGGGUAUAAAGUGGAAGAAAUGCUGGUUUGUGCUGAAGAAGACCUCACUCUAUUGGUAUACAAACAAGAUGGAUGAAAAAGCGGAGGGGCUCUUAAACUUGACAGACUUUGUUAUUGACCGAGCAACAGAGUGUAAGAAAAAAUACGCAUUCAAAGCAUGCCACUCCCAGACCAUGAGGUUUUACUUUGCAGCUGAGAACAAAGAGGAGAGAGACAUAUGGUUGAAUAAACUUGGACUUGCAUCAAUUCAGUACGAUCCCACUGAGAACCAUAAGGCUGAAUAUUACAGUGAAACGAGUGAUCCUGAUGAGUUUGCAGAAUCAUUCUCCACCCAGUACUCUGAACAGCUAUCCCAGGAUCCUUUUAACACAGACAAUCCAUCUGAUGACAGAUCUGGGGAACCCUCCACGACUGAAGAGCCAUUGGUCUGCUCGGCACAGAUUCAGGCCCUAAGUCUUACGGAGAAAGUGAAUUCAGAAUGCAGGGAGGACUCUUCCACUGUGUCUCAUCACUCAUCAGCUAUGGAGGAUUCCGUGAUGGAGUCAACCAUAUGCAAUGGCGGAAGUGAAGAGAAUGAAGAGGUCACUAAUGAUGAGAUGGAGAGACUAUACAUCCAUUUAAAGCAGGCCAGCCUUUCACCAACAGGGGAACGCAAGCCAUCCACCAAACGGGAAUUCAGGACCUCUUUCAUAAAGCGUUGCAAAAAUCAGACCAUCAACGAGAAGUUACACCACCUCAGAGCCUUAGGCAGCACUCUGAAGGCCAAAGAGGCAGAUCUGCAGAUACUGGAUCAGGUACUGGCUGACUCCAAUCUAACUGCAAGCAAGUUCAGAGAAUGGAAAGAGACCAACUCAGCUCUACUGCAGCAAAUCAGUCAGGGUCACUCUCAGGAAGAGCCCUCUCUCUAA